AUGGAUGCCGCACUGGACUUACGCCGGUUCAGUGCCAAGGACCCAAAUCGCUUUAUGAACGAGUCUGUUGUUGCGUCCACUGUUGGACGGGAUGCCGAUAACGACACGUCUCUAAUAGAACCUUUAAUUGUAAGUAACUUAACGUCGGUUCCGUUCCAGAUUCCAAUUGGUGAAAGACACUGCACCUCAGAGGCGGUGGCUUUACCUCCCAAAGUUGUCCAGGUACCAAACCCCCACUCUGCCCCCACUUUACGGAAGGUGGAGACAUCGAACAUCGACUUUGCACGGCACACUUCCAGCUGGUUAUAG